GCUCCCGCGUUGUUUUGGGAACAUUCGGUUUCACAGUGAGCACGCGCUUCCCGGACCGUAGCUGCCCGUCAUCGCUGGCGCUGACAUCACACGGAGGAUUUGCUACAAUGUCAAACACUCACAAGCAGCGCGAGCUCAUGGCUUCCCCGCGCCACAAUGACAAACACCGCCGCGUCCUGCUGCUCAUCCUCUAAAUACUACACAACUACGACCACCGUCCAUGGCUUUAUUCCGCGAUUUUGGACAGGAUGCGUUUGAGCAAAUCUAUGUGAGUGCGUGAGCCAGGUCAGAGGUCAUGUUGCGGAGGGAAUCCGACUCCCACGGCCUCUUUACCUUCGGAGAGACGUCCGACAAUGACUGUGAGAUGGGGGUGAGUUGCAGAGAGGUAGAUGUAGCGUGUCUGUGCGAGGCCGGUCCCUGUACACUUUAUUCAGAAGCACACACGCCUACGCCGGACACGCGGCUGUGUGAACGCUGUGGAAAAAACAAAGUGAUGGUAACCAGGUACUCUGAGGGAUACGGCACAGAGGAGGAGUGUGUGUUAUCUGACCCUCAGGGGGAGAGUGACGCAGAUGCGGAUAUAGAGGAUACAGACUGCAGACUCCAGGAGCCUGGUUCUCUCCAGCGAAUCAGCUCACGGAGACGGAAACGUCCUCGAGUAGCGCGACAAGACACCACAGAGAGCGAGGAUGAUGGCGGGCGAAGCCAUAGAUCCCAUCGAUGGAAUCUGAGGCUUAGUCCUGACAGAGCACACAGCAGAACCAUACUCGAGGAGAGCAUAUCACAGGUCAGGCCACUGAUCAUUUGCAGGCCAAACGUGGAGAAGCAGAAGAGUCCUGAUGAGGUGACCCGAGGCUCCAAACUGACGUCUCUGUGGCCGUCGUCCUUCUCUCUUCCUCUUAUCCUCCUCCUGUCAUUACCUCUCUCUGUUUCUCUCAUUGUUUUUAUCGUGUCUUUCCUCCUUCCGUGGGCCAGUGCUUGACCCCCGCCAUGCCUGCUUCAGGAUAUUAGUUUCAUUCCAGAAAUGACAGAAAGUUCUACCGACUCAUAUAAUGUAGUGAAUAGCGUAAUUUCUUUAUGAACAAGUAGAAAGACUUGAAGAUAAUAAUAGAUUAGCAAUACUGAAUUUGUGUUCAAUGUUUCUUUUCCUCCUUUCUUUAAAUAUCUUGACUUUAAGCGAAGGUCGUCCCUCGAAACCAAAAAGGCACUGAGAAACUUUCAUAACCCGGCGCAUUUUGAUCGAGAAUGUGCUCACAGUGAACACAACACAAACUCAGCUCCUGCCUCUGUCUCAUAAAAUCUCACCUUCCGUCUCACUUUUCCUCACCCCCUCGUUUGUAAAAAUAGACCUCUCAUCUCGCUCCUUAUUCUAACAAGCCACUGGAGUGACACAGAGGGGGGGGGGCAAGGUUUUAUGGCUGUGCAGGUACUUUUAAAAAGGAAACUAGGAGGCUCGGUAGGAAAACCUGCGAAAGACAAUGCUGCCGAACUAUGCAAUCCCUCUGUUUCUACCGCGGCAUCUUAACUGCUGUUCGAGUACGUCUCCUAUGUCCUUGGCACUGUCGACACCUUCGUGGCCCCCCGUCCCCUUUUCUUCCUCUGAGGAGUACAGUUUGUGAAUGCAGGGACUCGAUGGUUCCAAAGUAGAGCGUGACCCAAUUUAAAAAGCAUUACCAGGAGAGAUCUGAUACAGCUCCCAUCGUGUAUGAUCUACAGCACAUCUGUUAUAACGAAUAAAUUACAUGUAUUAAUUUACGCGCCGCAGACCUCAAAAUAAAACGAGCUUUGGUGGCAGUGUGUUACAGGAGUUUGGACACUAUUUCACAGUCUUACAGUCAUAUUUAAGAAUGCUUAUGUAAAUUAUGAUUUAAGAGGACUAAGCUUGACAAUCAGUCAUGCUGUUUAUUUCAAGCUGGAAUAUCUAGAAAACGCCAUCUUUUGGCUAUGUUUGUACUGUACAUUUCAUUUUAUGUUGUUUUGUAUGUGUUUUGAAGUUAGGGUUGUUUUUUUUUUCUUCCCCACGUCACACUACUGAUGCUUGCCUGCCUGUAGAAAAAUGAUCAUUUUAGGUUAAUAUCAGGUUGCACUGUGUUAACUGGUUAGUUUUAGAGAUUUUUCUCUCCUAGUUUGUUGUCAUGUUGUAGUCUUACAUCUUAUUUCUAUAUGUGUUUAUCUCUGUUUCAUGGGGCCCAGAAAUUCAAUAAAACUAGAUUGUAUUUUGACAACAAAAGCCUUUCUUUCUUUCUUUUUUUCUCCACUACCACUUUAAAACCAAGCAGGUUGCAGAAAUGAGGCUAAACUGCUGACUUAUGUCUUCGUUAUAGCUACUACCAUUAGCACUCAUACAUCUUCAAAUGUAAAAUAGUAAAAACCAACACAAUUGUAUCUCAUAUCCCCGUAUUGGGCGUUGUUUUUGGAUUAUUGUAGUAAAUGCUGGUCCAGGUUCAACAUGGCAAGUGACCAAUCGCAUUGUUAUGAUGUCAUAGUUUUGCAUCGUGGAAAAAGCCUGUCGAUGGACUCUCAAGAAAAAAUAGGAUGGCAGUCAGGGUUAGAGUUUGGUGUGUGUUGUGAUGGUGUUUCCACAUUGCAAAACUAUGACAUCACAGCUAUGUCACUGGUCACUUGCAGUGUUGAACCUGGACCAACAACAACACGAACACAGGGACAUCAUAUCAUGCUGUCUUUAACCGGGUGGCAGGAAGUAGAAUAACACACCAGGUUACAAAAAUCAAGAGGUGCACGAGUUAGCGAAAACGGCAGCUAAUGACAACACUGACAAAGUCGAUAUCAGUUUAACGUCAACUUUGUGGUACAGUUCUGUUUGCCAGGCAGGACAUGGUGGGUAUAAUGGGGUCCUUAGCCUCUGGGAACAUCAGCGGUUUCUUUAUUUUACUGUGUCCGGUGUAGUCAGGAUAUCCAGAUAGUAGAUAAGGGUUUUCCAGUUCUGGACUUUGUGCCUGCCAUUGCUUAUCAUUGCAGUUAAGUUAAUAAAAUAAGUCAAUAAUAGUCUAAAAUCUCCCUUUUUGAGACUGCCUUACAUUUCCAUUUUUAGACUAUAGCAAAUGGUUUGGAAACUGCAUUUUGAAGGAACCAAAGCUGGUUUAAACUGGAUUGUUGCGUAAAGCUCUGACUACAAACUGACUACACUGAUCUUCUGGUACCAACAAUUUUGCCCACACUUUCUGCAUUUUCAUGUCCAAAAUUCAGUUUUAGGUGGUUACACAUAGGAUUAUCUGUAAACCUCCAAAAGCCUCAGCAACACUUUAGGUCAACCGCUAUGACUUUAACUUUUUUUUAUAUAUAUAUAUAUUUCACUUCACUCAUUUCUGUCCCACUCUGUGAUCUAGAUUACACUUGCAUUGAUCUUAUCUUGCAGGAUCUUAUCAAUGCAAAUAUGUAUAUUUUCCCACCCAUCCAUGGUGAUCCUGGAGCUCAUCCCAGGUGACACUAAAUGAGAGAGAGAGCUGUACAAGUUGCAGGUCAGUCACAUGACAUUUUUGCAAAAUGUUGAGUUAUUGUUUCUGAUUUUUUUUUUUUAGACCAUGCAGAGUUACAGAAUAGGCACUCUGACAAAAGAUGACAGUGCUCGGUGCUUGAACUACUUGUGCCUCUCACUCUGUUGAGCCGAAAAAGAAGAAUGCAACCCUCAUGUCCCAGCAGUGUAGCUGCUCUUGACAAAAGGGCCUGAAGGGGGGAGGGGGGGUCCAAUAACGAGGUUAGCGCUCUUCACUCCUCCUCCUCCUCUCACUGCUUGCAUUGCCAUGGUAACAAUCAGAACUGCUGCAGAGGAAACAGACUUUUCAUAAGUAAGAUUGUGAGCAGCUGCCCAAAGCUAAACUGUAGGUAAUAAUGUAGAUACAGAAGUGUAUCCGUAUCUGCCGUGAAUGUAUAUACAAUGGCAAAUAUCUGUACAGGUUGUUCCUGAAUGGAGACGUUUUUAGGGUGUAUUAAAGCAUUAAAAAAACAUCUUACAGACAGUUGAAUGCUUACAAGCACACAUUCAGUGUGAAGAAAUGUUUAAGCACUCAAGUGCUCUUUUGAGUGCAGUUGAAAAGGGGCCUUAAUCACUUGCCUGCUUGUUUAAAUCCUUCUGCGUGUGAAUGCACAGUAGGCAUGUGUUCGUGUGAUGCCUCACAUGUGAAGGCAAAGUCACCGUGUCCUCAGGUAGGAGUGUUUUUUUUUUAAAGCGAUCUGUUGCCCACCAGUUUCAUUUCCAAAACACCUACUCACAGUCCCAAAACUUCAAAGCAUGUCAGUAGAUUUUUAUUAGGAACCCACAGUGUGAACAAAACAUCCAUUGAUCUUAGAGGAUGUAUGAAGCAGGGUUUUGAUUUUAAAGAUAAAAGAUCUUCAACCAGUGAUAUUGAGCUUAAACACAUUUAAACAAAACAGAGACAAAAACAGCAGCUAGCAUGAACGAGAUCAACACUGCCGUACAGACAAAGAUCAAAUCAAAAUGUUUUGUCAAAUGAGAAUAAAUGCACCUAGCCGCUUUUGCUGCAGUUUCCUUAUCAGAUUAAAAUGGUACACUUUAUGGACUUAUACAUUACACCUACAGGAGCUUCUUGGUUGUGGAAACCCAUGCCAUGAAGUUCUCCAUGGACAGUUUUUAGGCUGAUGUUAAUGCCAGAGGAGGGUUGGAGGUCUGCAGUGACUGAGUCAGCAAAGUGUUUGUGACUUUGCAAACUAAACUUGUGGAUGAGUUGCUGUGGAGCCCAAACACUUCUACUUUACAAUAAUCCACUUAAAGCUGAUGGUGGAAUAUUUAGUAGGACAGAAAUUUCAUGAACUGUCUUCCUGCAUCAGCAGCAUCCUAUCACAGUAUCAUAUUGGAGUUCAAGGGGCUCUUUAGAAUGCCCCAUUCUUUCACAAAUAAAUAAAGGCAGUAGAGACAGACUGGGGGCCUGAUUUUGGACACCUUUGGCAAUGGGACUGAAAAUAUCUGAAAUGAAAGACAAAGAGGUGUGGUUCUAAACUUUUGUAUGAAUGGUAUGAAUACAAUUAGUCCUAAAACAAAAUAUACCCCACUACAUCCCAAACCUUACCACUGUAUUCUCUUCAGUAUCAACCUGAUUAAAAAAGGUACUUGUGAUUAGGUUUGCAUACCUUCUGAGAUUUAUGCUCCACUAAAUUAUAACUAGACGUUUAGAACCUGCUUAACUCUGAAGACCAUUUAGUAAUAAGGCAAAGAAGAUUUUAAAAUAUCUUUAUAAAAUUCUAGCAGCUAAUAAAUUGACAGAUCUUCUAAAACUGGGACUUCCCGUCUAAUUGCCUCUGAUUUGACAAAUGUUUUCAACUGACUUGAAGAAACUUGUUUCCAGCUUGGAGAUUUCUUGGAUUUCAUUGGUUAGUCAAAACUAAACACUACCUAGCACUGUGACGGGACAAAUUCACAAAUAGCUGGCGCAGGCCAAUCCAGUUACAUUUCUAAAAAUGUGGUAAUGCAAGGAGAGAGCAUAUGUAUGAAUGCUAUUUUCAAAGUCAAGGUUACACAGUGUGACCCAGCUGUUUGCUUUCUCUGUUAGCACAAAAGCCUUCAAGUCAACAGGUGUUGUUUGUUUUUUUGCCCUCUUGGCCUCCUCCUCCCUCUUGCGCCUUGACCCACAUUCCUCUGUACUUGGAUGUGGAGGAGCAAUGUGAUCUCACUGAUGACCCUCUAGGCAUUUAAAAUUUAUCCCCAAGUCAUAUGCCUCAGAAUGAAUAAGCCUGCCAAGGCUUCCCGAGAUGUCGAGGUUGAUAGACUCAGAUGGGCAGAGAUUCAGCUGCCUCCAAGUCAUUGCCUUGUUUAUUACUUGCUUUUGCUUCUUCCAGUUUGCAUUUUAGAACUGUUGAACACAAUCCCUACACUAAUAGACUGCAAAGUCCUUCAUUUAAGACCACAACAAUAAACUGCACAUCCUUUGGAGCUAUAUCAGAUAUAAAGUAAUAAAAUGAGGACAAAAUUGGAAAAAAAUGUGACAAUAUUUGACAAUAUGGUAAAUAAAAACAUAACUGUGCCAUUUUCAGACUUUUGUUGGGUGUCUGCCUGAAGCCUCAUGAUGUCUAGAAUUUCCACCACCUAGUGAUAUAUUACACUGUAUACAGCAGCUUAUUUGGUUAUAUGAGGAAUCAUGCACUCUCACGCCACUCAAUGCCACAUGCAAGAGGGGAGAGAGAGGCAGGAGACGAACAAAUAGACAACACAGCUCUUGUCUGCAGAUGAGGUAAGGUCUGAGCUGUUUCACAGUGCGAAGUCCAGCUCAAGAAGUAAGUGAUCUGCAGUCGCUUUGAUUCCUGAGGUGCAAAUCUGAAAGAUUAAAGUAGCUGUGAAGAUUAUAGGUCUACUGGACACUCUGGCAGUUGCUAAUUCCUGCCUUGAGAAGCAGUAGGAUGUAUGGAAGAGAGUGAUGGAGAAGAGAAGGAGACGAUUGUGGGACAGGAUAAGAUGCUGGGUUAAAGCAGAGGUGUGUAAUAAAGAAGCAGAAGAAGAAGAAGAAGAAGAAGGGGUGGAAGAGAAUGGUGAGGACGCUGACAGUGAGGAAGAAGAUGUGAAUGAGGAAGAAAAUGAAGCAGGAGGAAAUCAAGAUGAAGAAGAAGUGCAGGCAAAACCAGAGGUGAGGGAUGCAGAGGAAACCGAAGAGGACAAAGGAGAAAGUGGUUCAGAAACAGAAGGUUCUGAUUUCACAGUUUCUGAGGAUAAAUAUUUUAACAAACACAGAAAUGAAGAUAUCUCUGAAACUCAGACUACUCUGGAGUGGAAUGGAGAAUUCAACAGUGAAAUAUUGACAGAUGAAGAAGAAACUGUCACAGAAUCUUGGGUCACUAAAGAAGAUCGUGAAGAAGAAGAGGAAGCUUCUACAGAUGAUAAGGAAACAGAACCUUCAGUGGAUGAAGAUGGGGAUUUUAGUGAUGAAGAUGACAUAAAGACAUAUUUCAAAGAUGAUUACCCCAUACAUGUUUUUCUCACCUUGAAUGAAUUCAGGAGUUCAUCCGUUCUCACCGACCUUACUUUGAGGACAGAGGAUGGGAUGCGUUUCUGUGUGCACUCCCCAGUGCUGGCUGCUGUCAGUUCACUUACCUGUGAUAAUCUAAAAAGAAGCAAAGCAGGAAACAAAAGAGCUGAUGAAAGAAAAGACGAUGACACAUGUGUUAGAGUUCACCCGUGGUCAAUCUCUCUUGGUCCUGAGGUAGAGCAUGUUGGGUUAGAGGCGAUUGUGGAGUUUGCCUACACUGGAAAAAUACCAUUCUUAAACAAGGAUAAUCUGGACAAGAUAAAGGCUGCUGCUCAAACACUGGGUGCACCAAGGGUUCUCGAUCUCUGCACUGAGGAAGAAGAGAAGUCCACAAAAACUGGAGGGGAUAAGAAAAGGGAAAGUAUUUCUACUGCACAACAAAUGACGAUCAGCCUUCAGUCCAUCCAACAGCUGUGGAUGGACAGAGUGGGAUGUGAUGUGACUCUGGAAGCUUGUGGUAGAUUGCUUCAUGUCCACAGAGUUAUCUUGGCUGUAAGCAGUGAUUACUUCCGUGGCAUGUUCACCUCAGGGAUGAAGGAGUCCCAUCAGCCUUUUGUGACCCUUCCCUUCCUUUUGGCAUCAGAAUUAGAAGUUCUAAUUGGCUGCUCUUACAGUGGCGCUCUACCUAUGAGCUGGCAGUGCAUCUUUGAGAUCACCAGCACUGCUCUCCAGCUUCAGUACCAACCUGCACUUUCCUUGUGCUACAAUUUCCUGUGUCAAGAAAUUAAUCCUCAAACUUGUCUGGAUGUGGUAUCUUUUGCUGAGGCCUAUGAAAUGCCACAGCUUCUUGAAUUUGCUGAUGAUUUUGUCCUCCGGCAUUUCCAGAUGGUGGCAUGCACCUCAAAGUUUACGGACCUGUCAGCUAAAAAGCUCUUGAUGUACCUAAACAGUAACUCACUUUAUGUUCCAUCUGAACUUGUUAUAUUCAAAGCCGUGGCAGCUUGGAUCCAAGCAAAGCCCAGGAUAAGGCUCAGACUAGCUCAUGAACUCAUGAAAACUGUCCAGUUUUCCUUGAUGACAUUCAAGGAAUUCAAGGAAGUGCGAUCUCAGACCAUGUGGUGUAAUCCCAACAUGGCAGAGCUGUAUAAGGAAAUCUUUAAAGAUUUCUGCUCCAGUGAGAGUGCACAGCAUCAGUUCCGCAUCUAUAUGCCAAAAGAGAGUCUCGUUCUGAUUGGAGGUGACCAGAUUUCGGAAGACCUGAGCAGCCGCAGCAUCAGCAGAGAACUUUGGUUUGGGAAUUCCCUCAGGAAUCACAUAGGGGUAAAAAAGGCAUUGGAGUGGAGAAAGCUGGGAGAGAUGCCUGAGCCAGCAAGAUUCGGGCAUGAGGUGGCUGUCCUAAAAGGACGAUUGUAUGUGUUGGGAGGCAAGAAGUAUUAUGGCAUUGGUGACACCCUUAAUAAUGUUUACAGAUAUGACCCUUGUGAAAACAGCUGGGAGUUUCUGGCUGAAAUGCAAAAAAAAAGAUGCUCAUUUUCAGUGGUUGUACUUAAUGAAAAGAUAUAUGCCAUCGGCGGACACAGUGAGACCGAUCCUAUAGAUAGUGUUGAAAGAUACUGCCCAUCUACAAAUUCUUGGAGUUUCACCUCACCCUUGGAUCUGCCUCUGAGCGGGCAUGUAGCAAAAGUUACCCAAGGACAGAUCUUCAUAACAGGAGGGGAAAAUAAUGAUUACCUUUGUGUUGCAUCCCUCUUUCUGUACCAUCCAGAAACAGGAAGCACCUACCUGGAAAACAUGGCUUCACCUCGAGCUCAUCACUGUAUGGAGAUCUUGGUGCCGCAUGUUGGAGCAGGAAGUGCCGUUUUGGAGGGAAGGUUUUAUGUGCUGGGUGGAUACAGUCAGGAGGACUACACCGACACUAAGGUGGUGCACCGCUAUGAUCCUGCCAGACAGAAAUGGGAGAACAUGGGAAAGAUGCCCGGGCCAAACAAUGAUAUCCGGGCCAUCUUGCUGAAGAAUCGGCAUUCCCAGAUGGGCGCCUGGGAAUUUGGAGGACUGGAUAUCACUGGCAAAUCUAUUGGGUCAACAUCAUCCUGUGGAGAGCUCGUUUUUCUGGUUUAG